AUGUGAUGAACAAUAACGCACAUGAAUUUGCACAAAAACCAUUGAAGAUUUACUUUAAUUUGAAGGAUUUAGAGUUUAGAGAUUUAGGGUUAGGGUUAGGGUUUACAAUUUGGAGUUUAGGGAUAGAACUCAAAAUUGGAGGUCUAAGACUUAGGGUAAUCGGCUAAUUAGUUGUUAUCAUACGUUAUAUCAUCAUAUCACACUGAUUCUACAAAUAAAAAUUCAACAUCUGACACCUUAAGACUAGUUUUUGAGUUGGGUGCAUUGAACGCACCCAUUUUUGUGAGUGCACUGAAGUAGUCACCAUAUAUAUAUAUAUAUAUAUAUAUAUAUAUGGCAAGUUCUACGGUACCAUGGGUGAAAUCCGGGGUACCGCAUACCUUGAGUAUGAAAACACUAUCUAGACCUUGAAUUGACCGAUCUUUCGGACAUGAUACUAUACUCUAACACUUAAAGAUCAAAAUCUAGGUGUUAACUCUCCCAAUCUUAUACUCCAAGAUCAAUUUAAUUAGAAACAAUAAUCGACGGUUAUGAUUCAUCCAAAUAUAGGCACAAAAAGGAAUGCACCAUCUUAGGGUUUAUAGAUUAUGAUUUAGAUAAUUAUGACCUAUGUUUCACUCAUUAAGGGUUAGGGUAUAAUAUCAUACACAAAAAUCCUGGUAAUUCGAGGUCUAGAUAGAGUUUCCAUACUCGAGGUAUGCGGUACCCCGGAUUUCACCCGGGGUACCAUAGAAGCCACCACCAGAGGGCCUGCUGACACACUCUCACAAGGUUGUCAAACCGGUGGUACAUGCGGGUUUGUGCCAGUUCAUGCUGGUUAAUAUUACAAAUAAUUUACAAAUACUCAUAUUUAAACACAACAUUUAACGUCAAUACCUAAAUAUUUGUACUUGGAUCCAACAAAUAACAUCAACAUUUAACUUUUUAACACAUAAAAUAAAUAAUAAAUAAUUUUUAAUCAAUUAAAUUCACUAAGAUAAAAUCAUUUUACUUGGAAAUUUGUAUAUCGAUCAUGACGAUCAUACUGGUGGUGUCAUGCCGGUUUUAUGACCGGUACAAGUUCAACCAGUGUCACGCUGGCCAGCGUGACAACCAUGCACUCUCAUGACCGCUUCUGCUCCAAUGUCAACUGUUACGAACUACCUUUGCCUUGUGGCCUUAACAUUCAAGUUGCGUUAAAAAUACAUCCAUCUAAUAUUACAAAGUUGAAGGGGGAAGGCCACCAGCGAAAAAUACUGAAUGCGAAGUUGCAAACUGUUAGUCCAUUCCAACAUAAUCGUCAAAAUUUAAAAGGCUCAAUCUCUUGAAAAAAAAAAACAACGGACAAGGAGUUUGACAAAGUAGCGACAGACUGUUUUGGUUGGGCUUCAAAGUUCAAACUGAGUAGGCGACUUGUUAGCGUGAUUGAAGGCGUUAAUUCUAGUGCAAAAACAAAAGGGCAGCCAGUUUGACUCCCCCCUAAAUUGUUUGGUAUUCCGUAUAGAAAACCCAGUGGUUUUGGAGAUUCUUUUCUCUCCGUUGGACACGUUGCUGACCCAAAUUAAAUUGGAUUCCAGAGCCACUGACUUCCAGGUAUCGAGUUUGAUGACCUCCAUCUGUUUUUGUUUCUGUUAAGCACACGGUGUCCGUACCUGUGCCUGUCCAAACUCAAAGCCUAUUUGAUGACUUGAGUUUGGAGGGUGUGUUAGUAAAUGAUAUAUGAUUCAAGAUUGAACCUCUCCCAACAACUCGACUUAUUGGGAUCAACUGGUUCUUAACAGGUAUAAUAAUAAGUCUGUUCAUUUAAUUGUACGAAUAGAAAUGGACCAAACAGUUUUUAAUGGUUUGACAUGAAUCUAGAUGAACCUCCCCGGUUUAACUGGUCCACUAAGUUAACCAUAGAAAAUUAAGGAAAACACCUUUGACAUAAACUAAAACCAUCCCACCACCUCAAUCACUAAUGUUAUUAUACUUCCUUUUUUCCAUUUUCUAGGCUCCAUGUCGGAUUUAUCUGGUUCAUUAUGGGUUGCCACCUUGAUCAGUGAAUUAUAUUUAAUAAAAAAUUUAUGAUAUUUUUAUGAGAUAGUCUGAAUGCUUUGUUAUAACUUUUAUGGUGAUAGAUGAUACAUAUUGUAAAUUUUUUAUGGUUAGUGAUAUAUUACCUUCUAAAUUAAUGUAUUAUAUAUGUCUUUUAUGUUAUAGCGCAUAAAUGGUUCCAUCCACAGUUAACCAAAAAUUCUAUAACGAUUAACCAUUAAACUAUCAGCUCAGUUUGGCCUUGUUGUAGCUUUUGCUGAAACAACUUCUGGCUUGAGCUUCUAGAGAAGUACUUUUCAAAAAAAGCAGUUGAGUGUUUGGUUGAAAAACUAUUAGAAGUGUUUUUUAAUAUGAGAGGUUGUGUAAAAUGACUAUAAAGGACUUAUAAUAUAAAUUAUGAAUAAUAAUUCUAAACAAUAAAAUGUAGUCAAAAUGGAUCUUAUUAGACUUCUUUUAUAUUAAAUAAUAUGAUUUUAUAAUUUAUUUUAUUUUUAAAAUGAUAUAAAUGAAAGAAAAUUAUUUUUUCUGAAAUAAAAUUAAAAUAAGGUAAUGAUAAUCUUGUAUUUUCAAAACAGUUUUUCGCAUAAGUUCAAAAUUGGAACUUCUGCUUUUAUGUUAUACAAAAGUGUUUUCGGCUUUUUAAAAGCCGAGCUUUUAAAUGUGUUUGGCCCUACUUCAGCCUUUAAACUUGAAAAAAACUUCUAAAAGUCGGGCAAAAAAUAUAGGUAUCAGCCACUAACUUUUUUCACUUCGCUCCAGUUUUGAAAACAUUGAUUAUUACUAUUAGCAGGCGUGGUUCUUUUGAUGGGGAAUAUACAAUUGGAGUGUUAUCAUAAUCUCAUUAAGAGCAAAACGAAUUGGCAUGCAAACAUGAUUAUCAAGGACAGCGAUAUUAUUACUCCUCCAUUUCUUGCUUCAAGGACAAGUGAUUUCGAUUGCAGUUGAUGCGAAUAGCACUUGCAUGAAAUGCUCCUAAGCAUAACUCUUGCAUAAUCAGAUUUGCUUUCUUGAUUUUAAGUGAGGUCAGAUUUAAGGGGUGUGAUUAAAUUUUUUUUAUUAUAUUUUUCGUACUUUUUAAUUAAUUUUUAUCUUCUUUAUUUAACUUGGAAUUUAGAGUUUUUUGCAUAGAUAAAAUGAGUUCUACAAAAUAAUAUCAAUUUUCAGUAUAUUUCAAAAAAAAAUUCAAAUCGCCCUGAUACUUCCUCCGUUUUGAACUCAAAUUUUGAAAAUUUCUUUAUCCAAAAAGAACGAGUUCUUUGUAAUCUAUUUGAACUACAAAUGUUUUGGGAAAUACCGGAAAAGUGAACGGUAGGACAUUUUGUACUAAAAUCAUAGUUAAACCGUGAUUGAACCGUUUCCUACCGUUAAAACCGCCUAUCGUUUUGGGGUCAUGUCCAGUAUUUUCGGUCCGACCAGGCAGUACAGUAGGGUUUUUUUUUUUUGGUAGAAGACAGACGCUAACCGCGUCCUAUAUCAUGUCAUUAAUCAAACGAUUCAUGAAAUUUCCCAUAGAAUCAUGGUACAACCAAUAACAGAAGUUCGGGUCGCUCACAUCAAAGUGAUAUGUGCCAAAAGAAGAACCAUGACCCUUAGUAGCUAAGAAGUCCACUGCGAAAUUACAUUCAUGAUAAACAUGAUUAAUCUCAACAGUCCACUCCCUCAAAACUCAAAAGUAAGCUACUUAACUGCUUCGCAAGAAGCUCCGUAACAGGUAUCAGUACGAUCUCUGUUCUUGAUGAUGUCCAGCGCUGUUCUAGAGUCCAAAUUGAGCUCAAUUUUCCAGUAGCCAAGCUUCCAAGCUAGUUCCAGGCCCUCUAGAUUCGUAGGAGGUAAUAAAAAAUAAAAAAUAACAAUUAAUAUAUUUAUACUAUUUAUAUAUACAACCAUUCUGUAUUCUCAUAAAACUCAUAACAUUGUUUAUUAUAUAGUAUCAAGUAUCACUCAAUAUUUAUAUUCUUUCAAUUUUAUCGGAUGUUACCAAUCUGGAAUGUUAACAAAACACGUACUUUUUUAGUUUUCACGCUGCACUUUUCAACACCCAGUCUACAAUGCAUAAAUAGCUACCCUUUUCUCACUUUGCAUUGACCCCGUUAUCACCAGUCAUGAUCGUCUUCUUUCUUUCCCAAUGAACUAACUAACACAGGUCUCCCUUCCCCUGCUUUCCUCCACCGGCAGAGAAACUUCAUCUCUCUCCCUCUCCUCAAAACCCCACAACUCCCACAAAAGAUCCUCCUUUAAUUUGGCAGUCCACCGAAAAAGGGUCUCUUCAUUCUCUGAUCUCCUCCGCCAUUAGUCCCCAAUGUCACUCCUCCAACUCUGUUUCACUUCAUUUCUUCUCCUUCUUCCCCUUCCUUUAUACUCCCUCAACGAUGAAGGCCUUGCCCUCCUCUCCUUCAAACAGUCCCUGCAACAAAAACCCAGCACUACCCAAUUGCAAAAUUGGAAUCCCUCGGACACAAAUCCUUGCUCCUGGGAAGGAAUCGGCUGCAACCAACUCGGCCGAGUCAUCUCACUCACCCUUCCUUACAAACAACUCGCCGGAUCCUUCCACCUCGACUCCACAAACCUAACCCAACUCCGCCACGUCAAUCUCCGCAGCAACAACCUCACCGGGACCCUCCCGCCGGAGCUCCUCCGAUCACCCGCGCUCAAAACCCUGGUCCUCUCCGAAAACUCAAUUUCCGGCCCGAUUCCGCCCGAAAUCGGAACCGCCGACCGCCUCCAAACCCUCGACCUCUCUCACAAUUCCUUCAACGGCCCCCUCCCUCCCUCAAUUCUCAACUGCAAGAGACUGAAACAGCUCGUCCUCAGCUCCAAUCUCUUCUCCGGCUCCCUCCCGGACGGAAUUGGGCCCAAUUUAAUCACCCUCCAGAGCCUCAAUCUAUCGUCCAACGCUUUCACCGGACGCAUCCCCGGCGACAUUGGAAACCUGUCGAAUCUGCAGGGAGCUCUCGACCUGUCGCACAAUCUCUUCACCGGCGCAAUCCCGUCGAGCCUGGGCGCUCUCCCGGAGACGGUCUACAUCGAUCUCAGCCACAACAAUCUGAGCGGCCCAAUUCCCCAGUCUCGGACCCUGCUCGAUGCUGGGCCCACAGCUUUCCUUGGCAACCCACUCCUCUGUGGGCCGCCCACGAAAGCCCUAUGCCUGUCUCUCCCGGAAAAGCCCAAGCCCAUGGCGGACGAUCCGUUAUUGGAGCCCGGCAGCGGCGAGAGGCGCCUGAGUCCGGCUCUGCUAGCGAUCGCGAUUGUAUCCGGGACAGUUUUAGCGAUCGGCGUGGUCGCUCUGUCGUUUGCGUAUUGGAGGAGAGCUCAGUACGGGAAGCGGAACGACGUCGCCGUGGCCGCCGCCGCCGGGAGAUCGGGAGCGGCGGGGAAAGAGAUGCUCUGUUUCAGUAGGAGGGAUGACGUGGAGUCGCUGGCGUCGGAGAAUGUGGAGCAGUACGCGUUCUUGAAGGUGGAGGCAGAUCCGGGGUUCGAUCUGGAGCAGCUGCUGAAAGCGUCGGCGUUUCUGCUGGGGAACGGCGGGGCGGGGAUCAUGUACAAAGUUGUGAUUGAGAACGGGGCGAGCUUGGCGGUGAGGCGGCUGGAAGAUGGAGGCGGCGGGCAGAGGUUUAGGGAGUUUCAGGGGGAAGUGGAAGCGAUCGGGAAGAUUAGGCACCCGAACAUUGUGAGGCUUCUGGCUUGCUGCUGGUGUGCUAGUGAGAAGCUGCUCAUCUAUGAGUAUGUGCCCAAUGGGAACUUGGCUACUGCAAUUCACGGGAGGAACGGAGUGACAAACUUCAAGCCAAUGCCAUGGUCUACCCGCCUCCGAAUUCUCAAAGGCCUGGCCAGAGGCUUGACAUUCAUCCACGAAUGCAGCCCCAAGAGGUACGUCCAUGGCCAUUUGAAGCCCACCAGCAUACUCCUAACAAGCGACAUGGAUCCUCGAAUCGCAGAUUUCGGGCUCAACCGUCUCGCCUGCAAUCCAACAACAGCUGAAGAAUCAUCAUCCUUCGAACCUCCUCUGGCUCAUACGGAGAGCAGCAGGACUCCUUCUCAGUGCUCCCCAUAUCCACUGACACCCACCAACGCUAAGACGAACAACGCGUCGUUCUACUACGAAGCUCCUGAGAUGGCUUCGCGAUCAUCAGCUUCGUCGUCGUCGAAGCCAUCGCAGAAGUGGGAUGUCUACUCGUACGGGAUGAUUCUCCUUGAGAUCGUCACCGGGAAGUCUCCGGCUGCGAUUCUGAACGCUUCUGAGAUGGAUUUGGGGAAAUGGGUUCAGCUCAGCAUUGAUGUUAGUAAAGCGAUUGGUGAUAUUGUGGAUCCCUUCUUGGCGCAUGAUUCGGGUAAAGAAUUGCAGAUGGCUGCUGUGAUGAAGAUUGGUUUGGCCUGUGUUGGAGGGAAUCCUGACAAGAGACCUUCUAUGAGGAAUGUCGGCGUUGCUCUGGAGAAAGCGGGGGACGAAUAGGUGGAUUGUAGAUGAAACAAAUUUGUGAGCAACGAGAUGAUAGUGCAGAACAGAGGAGUCGUCGAGUGCUUUCAAGUGGCGUUACAUGUUUUUGUUUAUGAUAUUUUACAGAUUAUUUAUGGGUUGGCAGAAUGUUAUACUGUGUGAAAUUUGUAUCAUUCUGCGAAAUGUAAUAGCAAAUCAAUUUUUUGACAUUAUGAUGCUGUUGGAUGAUUUUUCUAUAAAAUAACGAAUGUAAAUACGAGACGAAAAAUGUAAUUUUUUUUGCCAAUAUUAUCAAUUAGUAAACUUUAAACAAUAACAACUAAUAAUAAAAUUCAAUUAACACACAAAUUUGAAGAAUUUUGCAAUGCUUUAAAGCAUUGCUGGUUUAUGUCUUUAUGGUACAAAUUGAAGUUGUACCUUUAACGUAACGGUACAAUUUCGAGUUAUACCUAUAUUCUUUUGUAAAAUUUCUUAUAGUAGAAACUAAAAGUUCUACCUUUAUGUUAUGGUACAACGUCAAGUUGUACCAUAACAUAAAGGGUCCAAUUCCCUUAUUGUACAACUUCAAUUGGUACUUUUAACGUUAUGAUACAACUUCAAGUUAUAUUUUAAAGCACCAAUACUUUAAAAAAUAGUAUAAAGUGUUCCAUAAAUUUACGUGAUUCACUAACACAACUUGUCUUAGCUAGUCUAAAAAAAGAUAAUCAAUUUCACUAUACUUGAAGAGAUACAUAUUAUAAAAGGAAUGAAAAGUAUAUAACGUAAAGAAAAGAUCUCGUACGAUAACAGAUAAUCUGUAAUAUAAACAAUUAGGGGUCGUUUGGAAGUUGCGAUAGUUUUGUUGAGAUUGUCAUUAUGCAUGUAUUGUUUACAAUACAUCAUUUUUUUUAUUUUUUUUAGCAGAAACAAUACAUGGAUUGUUUCUGUGAUGUGACAGAAACUAUCACUCAUUUUGAGUGAUUGUUAUAUUUCAACUUUUAGUUGUGAUUGUUGAGAUAGUUAAGUUGAGAUUGUUUUGUCUCAGCUUUUAGCUGAUGCGACAUACACAAUCACACAUACCAAAAGUUGUAUCCUACAAUGUAUCAAAUUCGGCAAUACAUGUAUAAUAUUAUACAUGCAUUCUCAACAAUAUAUCUAUUUAACAAGGGCAUUGCUAUUCGUCGCCCUAAAAUUUCUUAUUUGUCGCCCUAAUUAAAUUAAAAUUACUCUAAUGCCCUUAAUUCAUUUAUUUCUCUUUCAAACAUUUAAAUCCAAAACAAACUCAUAUACUUACAUCAAAUAACGAAUAUCAAAUAAUUCUAUAUCACAUUGGUAUAUUUGUAAUAGUUCAUUAAUAAUUCCAAUAGCAUUUUUUUAAAUCAAUUCGACUUGUCUUCAAUAGCGGCGACCGGGUUGAAAAAUCGCCGGCGACAGGUACGUCCGCCGCGGCAACAUAAUAAUAAUAAAAAAUCAUCCUUGUGGCAUUGGUCGUCGUCUUCUUUCUGGCAGUGACACCGGUCGAUUAGCAACGGCGGUGGGACUUAGGAUACAAGUAGUAUUCUCGUCCGCUUCGUCUGCCUUCUAUCCGCUUCGUCUGCCUUCAUCUUCCUCCCUGUGGUCGAUGACAACGUCGUGAUUGGGGUGGGCGUCGGAUUUGGGUUGUGGAGGGAAUUUGGUCGGCGGGAGGGAUUGGGGUCUGGGGUUGGAGGGGUUUUGGGCGGUCGAUGAGGGUGGGGGAGUAGUUGCUGGCGGCAGAUUUGGGUGGGGAAGAGACAGGGGAUUGUUUGGGUGGAUAGAAAUUGAGUUGAGGGUAAAUAUAUCAAUUUGUUAGGUUUUAGGGCGACAAAAUUUAAAUUUUAGGGCGACGAAUAGCAAUUCAGUUUAACAAUCGCAACUUACAAACGAACCACAUUUUGGCUUGCAACUUGAUUCCCAUGAUUCCAUUCUACCGAACUUUAUUACGGUUGGCCACUCCUUCCCACUUUGUACGUUUUUUUUUUAUGCCUUCCCACUUAGCUCGUUAAGCAUUGUUUCCUUUGAAUGAUAUCGAGCAGUAUCCAUGAAUAGCAAAGGCUCCCAAAAAGAUCCAUAAUAGCAAAGAAAGCAAAUCAUGCUGUCUACAAUUUUUAGGUGUAAACACCUUGCUUGUCUCCAAUAUCAUGUCCUAGGAUCGAUAGAGGUCCAUGAACCAUCCUUUGGAGUCAGAAUCAUAUAUGGAGUUCAUCGGAGGCUCGACGAAAAUGUUAUUUAUAGUGGCAAUACUAGUGAUGUUAAUUUAAAUAAUAAUUCAAAAGGUUGGUACCGUUGUGAAUAUCUAAGUCUCGGGAACGUCAUGCAAUCGUGAAAUCGAAUUCGGAGUUCAAACGAACAAGAUAGUGACAAAGAUUAAAAAAAAAAAAUUGCACAAAAAGUUAUCUCUUAUAUGCUCUGCUCAAACUUUAAUUCAUUAAGAGCAAUACUAUAACCAUUAUCACUUAGGUUAAAAGGGAAAAAAUAAUUACUUUCUACAACAUAAUUAUUGAAAGAAAGCAAAAGACUUAGAGCUCUCAACAGAACUUAUGUAGUGGAAUACUGAAAUAAAAUAAAAAAAUCUUAUGAUCUUCAUAGACAAAGUGUGCACGCAAGCAGACAUUCAGUGUCGAAAGCGUAAAUUAGCGAAAUAUCGAAAAUCCUCACGUUUAUCUAAAACAGGAUCGGAAGAGAAUGUAUAAAAAACAACGACUCCGCAGGGCACCAUCGUGAUGAAACACACUCCAAUACUAAAUCCCAAUCCAUUGUAACUUUGGGUUGAUGUUCCAUGAAGAAGCAUGACCACAUUGUAGUAAGCAAAAAUUUGCAUCACUACUGUCACCAUUACAUCGUGUACAUGAUAAUCCAAAACCUUCCACCGACAUUUAACAAACGUGUGAGUUUGGAUACUGAAUAAUAUCAAUCCGGUCAAAAUCCACAGAUCCAGACCACGUCGAUGACCGGAACUACAAUACCCAAAGAUGAGAGAAACGAGAACGAAAAAGACGAUGUCUGCAGACCUAGCGUAGCGCCCCCAAACACAACCCGGAGCCUUAUCACCCCAAACAAUAGCAAAAUGGCUUAGGAUAAAUGGAAGCGCAAGGAAGAUUGAUCCAUCAACCCCAUAAAAGAAAAGAACAAGUGGAUGGUUGCAGAGUUUCUCUAUGUCUCGAAAUAUCACAAUUACUGGGUAGAAGAACCCAACGCUUGCAAUGCUACUAAUGCAUAGUGGCACAAGCCAUAACUUGAAUAACUUAUCACUCGCCUUAUGAAUUCCUUCUCCUUUCCCUACUAUUGUUAUUACUUCUUCCACCUUUCCCACUUCCAUGUCAACCUCCACAGUAUAAGGCUGUUAGUGAUUCAUAAGAAGUACAUAAAUGAUUACUAAUGAU